UACAGUUAAGGAAGAGAUAAAAGAGGAGGAGGAUGAUGAGUUUGAUGUAAUGGAGGAGUUUUCAGAAGGACACAGAGACACCUUUAAGGAGGUCAUGAUGGAGCAUUUCAGAGAUACAAACCCACCAGAGAGAUGUCCCCAUUCUCUGUAUUCCUGGGAUUCCAUACCGGAAGCUCAUGAGAUCCCUCACCGUCAUCAGCAUGAAGAACAGAUUGAAAUGAAAAUUAAUUUUAAAAAGAUAGAGACACAUGUGGGAGCUGAAAAUACAUCUGGAGAAGAGGACAAUAUGGAGGUGACAUUAAAAGAGGAGUUAUCUUCUCUACAUAUCAACACAGAUGGAUGUAAUGCCCAGAUGACCUCGGAGGGACUUCUUUUUUUAUUUCCAAAGCAUGAUGCAGAAGAUAACAGCAAUGCCCAAUGUUCUCUUGGGGCAAACCCCUCUGUUCAAAAUAUACCUCUUGGUGUGGCUAGAUCAACUGUUUUUUCUAAUCCUGAGGAACUUUCUGAUAAAUCACAAACCAUUCUGGCAAUUAUGCCUCAAAGAUCUAACCUUACAAAAGGACCACUAGAUCCAUCUGGUCCUGAGGAACCCUCUUGUGAUGGAUCACAAACGUUUAUCCCAAUGAUAUCUUCAAUAUCUCACAUUACACAGAGACCUCUAGGUCCAUCUGGUCCUGAGGAACCCUCGUAUGAUGAAUCGCAAACAUUUACCUCAAUAAUGCCUUCAAGAUCUCACGUUACACAGAGACCCUUAAUUCCAUCUGGUCCUGAGGAAACCUCUUGUAAUCCAUCACAAACGUUUAGCUCACUUAUAUCUUCAAGAUCCCACAUUACACAGAGACCACCAGGGCCAUCUGAUUCUGAGGGACUCCCUUAUGGCCCAUCACAAACAUUUACCUCAAUUAUGUCUUCAAAAUCUCAUAUUACACAUAGACCCUUAAUUCCCUCUAGUCCUGAGGAACCCUCUUGUGAUGCAUCACAAUUGUUUACCUCAAUGAUGUCUUCAAGAUCUCACGUAACACAGAGACCCCAAGGUCCAUCUGGUCCCGAGGAACCUUAUUGUGAUCCAUCACAAGCGUUUACCUCAAUGAUGUCUUCAAAAUCUUACGUUACACAGAGGCCCCUAAUUCCAUCUGGUCCUAAGGAACCCUUUUCUGAUAGAUCACAAACGUUCUCCUCAAUGAUGUCUUCAAGAUCUCAUGCUACACAGAGAUACCUACGCCCAUCUGGUCCUGAGGAACCCUUUUGUGAUCCAUCACAAACAUUUACCUCAAUUAUGUCUUCAAAAUCUCAUGUUUCACAGAGAUCCUUAAUUCCACCUGGUCCUGAGGAACCCUCUUGUGAUGCAUCACAAAUGUUUACCUCAAUGAUGUCUUCAAAAUCUCGCGUUACACACAGAACCUUAAUUCCAUUUGGUCCUGAGGAACCCUCUUGUGAUCCGUCACAAAUGUUUACCUCAAUUAUGUCCUCCGGAUCUCACAUUAUACAAAGAACCCUAAGUCCAUCUGAUCCUGAGGAACCCACUUCUGAUAUGUCCCAUACUGUCAGACACGGAGAUGAAAAGAUAUUCCAAUGUUCAGAAUAUAAUAAGCGUUUUAGAGAAAGAGACGAUCUUCUUUUACAUCAGUACGUCCACACCAGUGAGCAUCCUUUUCCAUGUCUGGAAGGUGAUAAAUGUUUUAAGUGGGAGUCAGACCAGGGCUUUUCAUGUACAGAGUGCGGGAUAGCAUUCAAACAUGGUCCAGAACUUGUCAAACAUUUCAGGAGCCAUGCAAAGGAGAGGCCCUUCCUGUGUUUGGAAUGCGGAAAGUGUUUUAAACAAAACACCCAUCUACAGAGACAUAUCAAGGUCCACACGGGCGAGACUCCAUUCUCAUGUUCAGAGUGCGGCAAAGGAUUUGCAGUGAAAGGGGCGCUCGUCUCCCACCAGUGGAUGCACACCGGUGAAAAGUUAUUUGUGUGUCAGGAGUGCGGGAAAGGCUUUACCCGCAAAGACAAGUAUAUCUUACAUCAGAUGACCCACACGGGUGAAAUGCCGUAUCUCUGCGCACAUUGCGGGAGAGGUUUCACAGAAAAAAAUAAGCUAAACAGACAUCAGCUGACACAUACAGGCGAGCGUCCCUUUUCCUGUACGGAAUGCGGCAAGAGCUUCGCGCAGAGGUUCGGUCUCGAUCGGCAUCGCAGGCUUCACACAGACGUUAGUUCAUUUUAAUGUUAAGUCUGGUUAGUGGUUUAGGAUAAGCGGUUAAGGUGCUCCCAUUUUUUUCUAACAUGCUUUUUCUAACCAUCUUUGGGUGCUCACAUGGUUUUCUCACCUUGGAAUGGCCUUCAAGAGCUCAAGAGCAAAGGUCUCACCACAGAAGUCCCUAAGAGAUACAAAAGAACCAUUAUGUGGACUGAUCCUUUACAACUACUACUACUUGGUGCACCCCUCAAACUAAACAAGAAGAAGAGAGGACCUUUUCCGAAAGAUCUACCAAUCUAAGAAGUGGAGGAGACUUGAGAGGUCUUAGCGGAGGUUGACAAGCUUCAAAGGGGGCACUUUUUCGAUAGAAAAUUGUGGACAGUUUAUUCUGCAUUUUAUAAACGGAAAUCUUUUUUUACAAUCAAUUUUACAAUAUAUAUAUGUUUUAAAUAAAUAUAAUCGAAAACAAUCA